AUGAAAUAUAGCUCAUUGGAAUCAUCUCAACAAGAUGAAUCUAAUGGUAGUAAAAUCGCAUUUCUAGAAUUAAUAUUUAAUGAGAAAUUAAGGGAUUUUUACUCCUUAAUUUCUGAUAAAUUAACCUGUUUUUCUUCUAUCUUUUGGGAUUUCAUAAGAACCAAGAAGGAUUCUUUUGGAGUCGAUUCUUUAACUACUUAUUCUGGUAGAGUAUGUUUAGCAUUAAUUAUGAAAAGAUCUGCUUCACAAUGA